AAAGUUCCUUCUUCUUUUAGCAUUGGGCAUUGCUUUUGCUUAUUCGAAAUUCCAGUAUUUAUCAGAUUUUUAAUUUAAUCAGGAUAAUAAAUUAAUAAUCAAUCAAAAUGCCACCAAAAUUCGAUCCAACUGAAGUCAAAAAAGUUUUUAUGAGAUGUGUUGGUGGAGAAGUUGGUGCUACAUCUUCUCUUGCUCCAAAAAUUGGUCCACUUGGUUUGUCACCAAAAAAAGUUGGUGAUGAUAUUGCCAAGGCAACAAGUGACUGGAAAGGUCUUAAAAUCACUGUCCAAUUGACCAUCCAAAAUAGACAAGCAACAAUUUCAGUUGUACCAUCAGCAGCAUCAUUGGUCAUCAAGGCACUCAAAGAACCACCAAGAGAUCGUAAAAAGCAAAAGAACAUUAAGCACAGUGGUAACAUAACAUUUGAUGAUGUUCUUUCAAUUGCAAAUACAAUGAGAGCAAGAUCAAUGUCACGUCAAUUGAGUGGUACUGUUAAAGAAAUUUUGGGUACAUGUCAAUCAGUUGGUUGCACAGUUGAAGGACGUGCACCACAUGAUAUCAUUGAAGAUAUUGAUUCUGGUGAAAUUGAAGUACCAUCAGAAUAAAAAAAUAAAUGGUAGGUUAUUGGUAGGGGUUGGCAUCCCAUCCACCUUCAGCAGAAUUAUUUUUCUGUUGAAGGCAUAAUUAACGCCAUUGAGGAGUUUACCUCAAUAAAAAAACAAUCUAAUUAAAAUAAUUUAAUUUUAAAUUUUUUAUUUUUUUUAUUCAAUUAUUUUGUUACAGAUGUUCUUGUGAUGUUUCAAUAAAAAAUUAAAAAUUAAAAAACA